GCCCGUUCUGACCGACGGCGACAUUCAGGAAACCUCAACGCGGCAAAAAGCAGAAAGGAUGAUCAGUGGUCCGAAGAACGUGAGAAUCAAGCGCGCCCCCGACAGACCUGAAAGAAUCACGAGCUACAUGCCCGACAUCCCCGAGCCAACAUGCAGAGCCGAUCUCCUGAAACACUGGAUUAACCUUUCCCUGGAUGACAAGACAGCCAAUAAGUUGCUGUGGAUCACGGAGGGCGGAUCCAAGGUGUCGCGCAUGACCGAUGAUGUCACUUGUCCCGUCCUGGACCGGCCGGAGAGAUACGAGUUUUCCCCCCAGGUCCUUUGCAAAGAGGCAAUCUCGGGCUUCCGAGCUUACUGGGAGGUCAAGUGUUCGGGAUGGGUGGUCACCGGAGUCGCCUGCGAGGGGGCCGGGCGGAGGGGGUGCGACGGACAGUGCGGGCUGGGAGAAAACGACCAGUCCUGGGGUCUCGGGUGGAGCGGCUCCAGCUACCAGCUGUGGUUCGACGGCAACAACACAGACAUCUGGAACGUUCCCCAGUGCUCCACCAUCGGGGUGUACCUCGACCACCCGGCCGGUCUCGUCAACUUUUACGCCGUCGAAGAAGCGGCGGAGGGAGACGGAGGCGAAGACGGAAAGAGGACCCGACUGCUGCAUCAGACUAAGAGCUCCUUCAAGGGCAGAAUGCUGCCGGGCUUCUGGGUGGGACAGAAGUCCUCGUGCUGCUUGAUUAAACCGGAAGGGUAAAAGGAAGAGUGUGAGUUUUCCCGUUUCCGUUGAAAUAUGUCCACACGUAUGUCCACACGUAUGUCCGCAAUGCUAAUCGAGAAUCUCUGUACGAAGACCCCCACUUAUCAUCGAAACGCGGCUGUUUGUUCGCGUGUCAUUAACCUGUGAACUUUUAUCAAAACCCGAAUGACUUUUAAUUGAAUAAACACAAAGAGACACUUGUGACAUUAUUUUUAGAGAACAUCUAUUCUACACAUGUAAGCAUUUAAACACAACCACACCUUCAGUCGCCGCGGGUCCUGCAUUCCUCGCCCCCGGGGGGGUCAAGAGGCCGUAGGGCUGGUGACACGAAAGCAGAUCCUGCGGAGCCAUGAGCCCCCGUGUGAGCACACACAUGACGCCGCUGAGGCCGCAGGGCGGGAGUCGAUGGAUUAAAAGAGGAAGGAUCCUCGACUCGACUUUUUUUUUUUUUUUAGCAGUGUAGUUUUUCACAGCCCACAAACAUCUGGUUUAGGGUUAAAGGGACAAAGAGGGAAUAUCAGUGGAAAAUACAAAUAAAGAUUGUAUCAUUUCUGUCACGUCUCAGUAGUUCUCAAGGACACGUUGUCAUGACGGCAACCUGAACAGCCUGAUGGGAAAGUCCGUCUAUAAUGAAGUCCAAUAUCGCUCAUUAGCAUUUAGCCGACAUGAAUGUAAAUCACACUACAGACCCAAAUAAAACAGAGAUAAAAUCUAAAUCAAGCUCCUCUUAUAAUUCAUUUAUGGCUGAAAUAAAUUAACUGGAAGCAAUUGACAAGUAAGUUAUUGUGAAAACUAAAUUCUCUAAUACAUUUCCAAAGUCUGUAGUACAUAAAUAUGUGAAAGUGUAGAAUUUAUUUCGUAGACCUAAACAUCUGCAGCAGUAAAAUGUAAGUUUUUAGGAAGUUUGGUUUUAAAAUGUAAUGGAUGAUAAAGUUACGCUGUCAUAAGUAUUAAAAGUAUUUAUUUUUACUUAACAAGGCUGAUUACUGUAAAACCUCUUCAAUAAAAUCUUGUGAAUUAAGAUUGGAACAGAGUGACAGAAUGAAUUGAAUAUUCUAAAUAUAAGCUUCAUGUAAUAUAAUUACAGCCCUCUAAUAAGCCUUUGGCUGUAACCUGUUGGUAUUUAGGUGCACAGUAGCCAGUUGGACAUCCUCAUGCACGUCUUUCCUCCCACGAGGGGACACACAGGGACACUUUCAAUUUUGAUGGAAUGUAAAUGAAAUCCUCAGCUCAGCAGCCCGUUAGUACUCGUAAGUGAAUAACCACUGUGGACCUUUCUGUAUUUGUGUUUGCUGUUUUUUACGUGUACAAAAAUUUGUUGUAAAGAUUGUAGAGUUUUAAGAGUAAUUGUUUGGCCACAUUAACCAUCUUCCUUUUCAAAAUGGUACUUCCUGAUAAUUCCGCUAGGUGGUGCCGUGGUGUCAUAAAUGAACUAAAGACAACUGCACUGAGCAACAAGGCCAGUAAUUGUGCUUUAAAACGUUUACUUUGGGUAAUCUGGGGGAUUAAUCACAGACAUUGAUUCUAUUCUAUUUAUUCUAAUCGUAUCUUGAACACUGUAGCAUGAGCUCUAAUUGACUGAUAAGAAAUGUGCUGGUGUCGAUUAUAAAUGCAAGUAAAUCCAAUUAAAAAACGUAAU